CUCGCACGUUCUUCGAGCACGUCAUGCUACGGAAGUGCAGACUUGCCGAAACAGUGGCGUGCGGGCCCUAGCAGGCUAUACUUAGCUAUAACAAAAGUAAACUUGCACAUUUAGGCAUUACAUGUAGAUAACUGACAUCUGGAAAAAAAUGGGAGCGAACAACAGUACCCGCCGUGUGUCAUUUGAGUCAGACGAGAAUGAGAAUAUAACGGUGGUGAAGGGCAUACGGCUUUCUGAGAAUGUCAUCAACCGUAUGAGGGAACCUGAAGCUCUGCCUAAAGCUCAACCUAUAGCUCCACCUAAAGACCUGCCUGCUCCCUCUCCACCCCCUUCUAUGACACCUAGCAUCACAAGUUCUCCUUUCAUACGGCCAGUGCCUCCCAUCUUUGACCAUAUCACCCCAUUGCCUCCCCUCCCUCCACGUGUUGAACCUGCUGCACCUCCACCUCCUGCUACAACACCUACAGAACAGGUAGCAGCACCCACCAUAAUUGACAUGGUGCUCCCAUCUUCAUCUGUUGCUGCUCCUGCUUUUGAGCCUGUAGCGGCACCUCCACCUCCUCCUCCUCCUCAGGCUCCUACAGAACAGACAGCUGAGCCAUUUGCUGCACCUCCUCUGCCUGAGUUUACUGAUCCUUGUGAACCAGUUGCACUUACUCCUCAGCCCCCAGUGGAGCCAGUAUCCCCUGCUCCUGUCCCUGAGCUAGUGGUAGUACCUGAGGUAAUCUCAAUCCCACCACCACCACCACCACCUCCUGCUGCAGCACCUGUUGAUGAAGUGGCCCUGAGGAAGACCAUCACUGAUGAGCUGCACAAAGACAUGGAGGAGGAUCGGGCCAAGGCAGAGCAAGAGCUGCAAGCCUGGGCAGAGACAGAGAAGGCCCGUGCAGCAGCCCAUGCUCAGGAUGAUGCCCAGUCCCAGGUACAGAGUGAAGUGUCCAGGAUCCUGUCUGUGGAGCGGGCCGUUGCCGAGGAGAGCAUCCAGCAUGCUGUCAUAAGAGAGAGGAUCGCCACUGAAGAUGAGAGGCUUCGUGCUCAGCUAUUCGAGAUUGGGCUGAAGGCCAAGCAGCUGGGGGCCAGAGAAGCAGACCUAAAGAAGCAAGAUGCUUUCUACAGAGAGCAGGUGGCCCGGCUGGAAGAGAGGAGUGCUCAGUUCUACAAGGUCACCACAGAGAACUACCAUAAAGCGGCCGACCAAGUGAAUGCCAAGUUCAGGCGCUAUGAGACGUACCCCGUCUGUGCAGAACUGCAGGGCCAGAUCCUGGCAUGCUACAAGGAGAACGUCGGGAAAACCCUGAACUGCUCCAACAUAGCAACCCUUUAUCUACAGUGUGUCAACAACACUAAACAGAACAAGUUAAGAACAGGAGGCUAAGCAAGAGUGAGACAAAGAAAGCAGUGAAGAGUUUAUAGUGUGGGAUUACUGAUUAUCGACCGACUGUCAAACAGACCAAACCGGAGUGGAGGAAGUGAGGUAUGAGUCAGCACCAAGACACGCACCCUCAGAAACCCAGUGGAGAACCGAACAGGACCAGACUACAGGCUCCGAACACAGCACCAUGAUAGAGUAUAGACACGUUUCCUCUCCUUCUCUUACCUUCUGUUUAUCUCCUGUGAGUAGGUAUGGAGGCAGUGACACUGUCUACCAUUUAGUAGAAACAGCAGGGACUGUGCUAUUCCCGCUGGAAGGACCGUAAAAAUGAACCGGAACAAUCACAAGACUGCAAACCACCUCUGUUACACACCACUUAGAUCAAUCCUAUCCCACUUCAGCACUGAUAGGAAAAUAAAACUCUUUUAACUAAUACAUGUCUAUAUUGUUGUCCAUAUUUUCCUGCUCCUAAUGCACUUCCCUCAACACUUCUGCACUUCUGUUUCUUCUUCGUGUAAUGUUAAUAAUGUAACGAUCCUCGUGUUGAGCGUUCAUCCACACCAACACUUGUGACGAUGUCUGAUCAGAAGAAAUAAAAGACGAAACUAUG